UUUGUAAGUAAGCAGCAAAGACAGGUAUGAGGAUGAACUGGGAUUAAUUGCCAGUUUCAUUAUCUGAAAAUGGCUCAGGGCUGGUGAGCAGGUAAAGAACAAAGAUGAAGGCAGGAACAGAAGGAGUCAGGAGCAACAAAGAAUCCCAGCAAGGAGUCAGCAGGGUGUAAGGAUGGUCGGGAAGACCAACAAGCCAGGACAAAUGGGACCAAUCACCAAAAACCAGAUCUAUCUAGUCACUGGUGGCUGUGGUUUUCUGGGGAAACAUCUGGUCCAGAUGCUUCUGGAGCAGGAGCCCGACUUGGCAGAAGUGCGUGUCUUUGACCUGCAUCUGGAUGAGAGCAUGCGGCAUCUGGACAGAGUGACUCUGAUCCAGGGGGACAUCAGCAACGCAGAGGACGUGAAGGCUGCUGUACGAGGUGCCAACGUGGUCAUCCACACUGCCAGCCUGGUGGACGUUUGGGGCAGAGUCAGCCCUGAGAAAAUCAAGGCGGUCAACGUUUGCGGAACCCAGAAUGUAAUUGAAGCAUGUGUGUCGGAAGGAACCCAGUAUCUGGUUUACACCAGUAGCAUGGAAGUGGUGGGACCCAACACGAAGGGAGAUCCCUUUUACAGGGGAAAUGAAGACACCAAUUACGAAUCUGUUCAUGAAAAGCCUUAUCCGGUGAGCAAAACCAAGGCUGAGCAGCUGAUAAUCGAAGCCAAUGGGCGACCGAUGCAAGGUGGGAAGCACCUGGUCACCUGUGCUCUUCGCCCAACUGGCAUCUAUGGGGAGAACCAUCCACUGAUGAAGGAGUUUUAUGAGCAAGGGCGGUUCACAAGAAGGUGCAUGUUCCGAGCCAUCCCAGCCUCCACUGAGCAUGGCAGGGUAUAUGUGGGCAAUGUGGCAUGGAUGCAUCUCCUUGUGGCCCAGAAGAUGCAGGAGUCCCCAGCAUCUAUUGGAGGCCAGGUGUAUUUCUGCUAUGACUCCUCUCCUUACAAGAGCUAUGAGGACUUCAACAUGGAGAUUCUGGGGCCCUGUGGCUUCCGUCUCCUGGGUUCCCGGCCCCUGGUGCCUUACUUCCUCCUCCAGUUCAUUGCUCUGUUCAAUGUCUUCCUGCAAUGGCUGCUAAAACCCUUCUUCACGUAUGCCCCCAUCCUCAAUCCCUAUACCCUGGCCAUCGCCAGCACCACCUUCACAGUUGAGACCGAUAAGGCCCUGCGACACUUUGGCUAUCAGCCCCGUUACACUUGGGAGGAGAGCCGGAACCGCACCGUCAAGUGGCUUCAGGAGAUUGACACCCAGAAUCAUGCUGAGAAUGAGAAAUAGACACCAACUGGAAGAGGACAGGAAAUGAAGAGCAGAGAGAGGACCCAAAGGAAAACCAACACUGGCUUCUGCUGCCACUAGAGUGCCUCAGGACAUUUCCCUUGCAAAACAGAGACUCUGUGCCACCUAGAGUAUUUAAUCCUGGUUGGCACUGGCUCUAGAUUAUGCUUUUAUUUAUCUUACAGUGCACUUACAUUGUACCUUCAUCAAGCAUAUAAAAUUUACUGAGUGAUGCACAGAAUUCAAAGAAGCAGACUUUACCAACAGACACAACAGAGGUAACUCAUAAAGAAGAAAGGAAGAGGAGGCAGUGGUGGAUCUGGGGAUUGUUGGGUAUCAUUCAUAAAGUUUUCCAUAUUUAAAUUCUACCACUAGCUAAAUAUCUUCUGGAACAUAUUGGACAGCAGUGCGUCUUUUCAAGUUUGGUUUCUCCAGUGUGCGCAUUUUCAGCAAACAUUCCCAUCUGUUUCUAGAGUAACUUCCAGAUCCAGAUUUUGAUUUUGGCAAUGCCACACAUUCCAGAACUCUUUUGGAUGGGAACCAUCUUCUUCCACAUCUCGCUUUUGUCAUACUGUUUUUACAUUAUGGCACCUUGGUAAUCUUGAUUUUGCUUGCAACAAACGAAUAAGGGCUGUGUGCUUGCAAUCCUAUACAAUAUCAUUCCUUUCCUGUUGCAGCACAAGAACUUCUGAAGGGUUGUCAAUCCAUUCCCACAACACCGCUCUCCAGUUCCAGUUUUUCUUCCUACCUCAAACACUACUACGUUGCUGAUUCUAGUGCAAUAAGGAUCCUGGUCCAUUUCUUUUAGCCAAGGACUAGUCAUCUGAAUGGACAAAAUGAAAUUUCCUUAGCAUUACAAAAUGUUGGCACUGCAACAUGUUUUGGAUGCCGUAAUAUAACUUUUUGUCCAUUUUGUGUAUGUACAUGUGGAUAUGCUUGUGGGGAUGGGUGGGUGGGUGCAUAUGAAGUUUGUGGGAUGUGUGUGUGGGAUUUGUGCAAUGGGAAAGUGACUGGAAAAUUCUCUAGCAUGUCAAAGUUAUUGAUGUUUUUUAACAAUGAACAAUGGUGCCACAACUCCUGGGUGGAGCCUGGGAACUAAGGGAUGGAGUCUGAAUAGGGCACAUCUGCAUGAAGAUUGGUGGAAGCAGUUGGUGACAUUUGGUUGUUUGCUUGUGGGUGGAAUCUACUAAAUAUGGUGUACAGCUAAUAGCUUCCUUCAUUCUAGACCUUCACCAUGCAGUUUUACUCUUUUCACCUUAGAAUAUGGCUAAGGAACAUAUGAGAUGUUAUGGGACUUUGGCACCCAUCAGCCACAGCCAGCACAGCUAAAGGUGUAGGAUCAUAAGAACUGUAAGCCAUCAUUACAAGGUGAAUAUGUGCUCAGUGUCUUAGAGACUUACCCCUAUUCCUACAACACAAAGCUUGCAAAACUGGUUUUUGGAAGGGCUGCCAUUCUCAGAAUCACUCGAUUGCCAUGCUGGCUGGGAGUUUUGAGAACAUGUAAUCCCAAAGUAACUUUUUCUAAGCUCUGCUGAAACAUCAGGUUGACAAAGGUGACUUGGAAACCCUCGCCAGAGCAUGAGUAGUAUUUUUUUCAGGCUACUGAUGUUGACAUGGUCCUCCAGAUGCUGUGAGAGUGCAGCUCCCAUCAACCCUAGCCAGCAUAGUUCAUGGUGAAGAGCACUGGGAGCUGAAGUCCAGCAUCAUCUAAAGUGUCACAAGGUGUCCAUCCUAUGUAAGUUGUGCAGCCAUCAAAGAUGCAGGAAAGGGCAGUGUAACAAAUUGGAGGCUGGGAUCUAGAAUGGGAAGCCAGCAUGGUGUGAUGUUUUGUGUGUUGGACUAGGAAUCCAGAAGGCCAGGGUUUGAAUCUAUGCUCAGCUGUGGAAAUCCCAUGGUGAUCUUGGGCAGGUCACACUCUCUUAGCCUCAGAGGAAAGCAAUGACAAACCUCUGGAUAAAUCUCACCAAUAAAACCCUACAACAAGGUCACCAUAAGUCAACAGUUGACUUGAAUGCAUAAAACAACAAGAGUAAGAGGAAAAACUAAAGUGUUUGAGUUGUUUUAGUUUGAGGGAGGAAGGUGAUUAAAUGGAGUGGAUGAUAGGAUAAAAGGUGUAUAAAAAUUAGCACAUAGUGGAGAAAGUGAUGUGAGAG